AUGAGUGCUGCACAGGACGUCGAGCUCGUCGAGCCCAGACGGAUUGCAGUCCACGACUCCCGUGAUCCGUUGGAGGAGCGAGGCGAAGUAAGCCCACCACAAGAUGCUGUCUCGGUGGAAGACGUGCCUCCCAACGGCGGCUAUGGCUGGGUGUGCACGGCAUGUGUCUUCAUGCUCAACGCCCACAGCUGGGGCCUCAACAGCGCUUGGGGCAUUUUCCUAGCCCAUUACCUCGCCAAUUCCACCUUCAAGAACGCGUCCCGACUCGAAUACGCGCUAAUCGGAGGCUUGUCAAUCUCUCAAUCCCUCCUGAGCGCGCCGGCCGUCAACAUUUCCGAGAGAUGUUUUGGCAUGCGGGGCACCCUGCUCAUAGGUACCGUCUUGCUGUUUGUCGCCCUGUUCGGGGCAUCGUAUUCGACCCAGAUAUGGCAUCUUUUCUUGACUCAAGGUGUCUGUUUCGGCUGGGGUCUGGGCUUCACUUACAUUCCUGCGACAGCCACGCUUCCUCAAUGGUUCUCUACCCGCCGCAGCCUCGCCAUGGGCAUUGCAUCCUCUGGUGCAGGCCUUGGUGGCCUGGCCUACAACCUGGCAGCGGGUGCUAUUGUCCAGAAGAUGGGCGUCAACUGGGCUUAUCGCAUCCUGGCAUUCUGCGGCCUCGCGGUCAACACCGUCUGCUCGUUACUCCUCAAAGAUCGCAACAAGGCAGUCCAGCCUUUGCAAAAUGCGUUCAACUACCGCGAGUACGGCCGAGUGGAGGUGAUGCUGGUCGUGGCCUGGGGCGUGUUGACCGAGCUGGGCUACAUUGUCCUGCUGUAUUCCCUGCCGAACUACGCGACCUCAAUCGGCCUCACGGCGUCUCAAGGCUCAGUCGUUGGGGCUGUUCUCAACCUCGGACUUGGGGUUGGCCGGCCUGUAAUUGGGUACUACUCAGAUGCAUUUGGUCGCAUCAACAUGGCGGCACUGAUGACAGCACUAUGCGGAGUCCUCUGCCUCGCACUGUGGGUACCGGCGAAAUCCUAUGGUGUCCUCAUCGCCUUUGCCUUGACGGCGGGCUGCGUGUGCGGUGUGUUUUGGAACACCGUCACCCCGGUAUUGGCGGAAGUCGUAGGGCUCAAGAGACUGCCUUCCUCGUUCGGUGUCAUUUGUUUGGCCCUGGUCGUCCCCACCACAUUUGCAGAGCCAAUCGCGCUUGAGAUGGUCACUGCUUCCGGCUACCUCAGCGCCCAGAUCUUUGUGGGCUUUAUGUUCUUGCUCGCUGGAGUGAGCACCUGGGUUUUGAGGUCGUGGAAGAUCAAUGAAGUCGAGCUAAAGGCUGCAAGGGAGCAACACCAGCUCGAUCACGGUGGAAAUGAAGGCGAUGCAGACGAUGCAGAGGACCAUGGCUUCUGGUUAACUCCCAGGAUGUUUCUUCGGCUAGGCAGGGUCUGA